AUGAAGCUAAUUUUCUCAGUAAUUCACUGUUUGUUUUUUUAUCUUUUUUUCAAUUUUACAAAAUGUGAAAAAUUUAGCUUAGGAAAUAGGUUUCAUUUUAAUGAUGUAAAAACACCAUUAGCGGGGCUAAAGAAUAAUACUAGUGUCUUAUAUCCACUAAUUCAAGAUCUUGAAGAAGAAGAAAAAGUAUAUUCAGAGAAUUUAGAUAUAUAUGAUGAGACGAAUUUUCCUAACCCUUUUGAGAGCCCAGAGAAAUGUGUGCUAUCUUUGGGGAUAAGUCACACAUGGAUAUGCGAUCCAUCAAAUAUUAUAAAAUUAGAAGACCAAUUAGAUAUUGAAGCUAUUCUACUUAAAAUACGUGACACCAAUUAUCACAGUUGUUCAGCCCAUGGGGAAUUUUACUACCAAGUAGCUGUAGCUAUAGUACCGGAUAUUUUUGUAAGCAAAAAUAGUUCCAUUGAAAAAUCCGUCCAAGAAUUUGCCCAAAAUACAUUACGAAAAUGGGGUAUAGGAAACAAACAAUGUCAUGAUGGUAUUUUGCUAGUUUAUAUAAAACGUUUGGGUUCUUUUAUUGUAUCAAAAAGGGAAGGGGUUGAGGAUAAAUAUAUAGAUGAAACAGAAAUUAAACGUAUAUUUAUAAAUUCAUAUAUCGCAACAGGAUCUAUUAGCAAAGCGCUAAUUAGUUCAUUAAAUUUUAUUAACAAUAAAUUACCCUCAAGACCACAAAGAAUGACCAACACGGCAAAAUUGUUUUUAUUAUUAAUUGUCAUUUAUAUCAUAUCCAUUGCCAUUGUAUAUUUAAUCACCGUUGUAUAUAGAGUAAACUAG